UUUCAAGCUACAGAGUACAGACUACUCCAGUUCAGGACUUCCGUUCUAAAUUCUAAACCCGAGCUUAAACCCAGGCACUUUUUGGGUCGCUCUCCUCUGGCUACAGAAAAGCGCGGGCAAUUUCCUUCUCUCUAGGGUUUCAAAUUUCAUUCGAUUUUUCCCCAUAUCUGUUCAACUCGCUCGUGGUGAAUCCCAGUUUCUGCAAUGCCGGCAACCGAAGCAAAAAACGCCGCCGAGAAAUCUUCCGCCGCUGCAACAACCGCCGACGCCGGACUAUGGUGGGACCCAUUCAGUGCCUUUCUCGCCGAGCUUGAGAAUGCCUCUAUUUCAUCAGAAAUCCCUCGGGACCUGGAGAAUAAGGUGAGGGACAAUCACGCAUGGUUCCUGGAUACCACUGCGAAAUUCAGGCCACCGAGUCAGAAAUCAAAGGAAGCCUUGGAUUCGCGGUCUAUCAAAAUUGGUCCGCACGAGUUUAAUGUGCAUCUUGAACUGAAACAAGCUGCUCUCAAGAUUAGCUCAGCAUUGGUUAUUCUUGAGUACUACAUUGAACGGCAAUGUUUGUUGAAGUGUACACGGCAUAUACUUCUGCAUGCCUUGCAAUUUGAAUCGCAAUCGGAUAAAGGUUCGGCUGUAUUGGAUGAGGCACGAAGGUUGAUUUCUGAUGGGCUUGAAUGUAAAUUGUUAUCUAUCUUCCAGGAUCUUCUAUCUUCCAAUUACCCUGAGAAUAUGGAUUUUGACCUAUACCCUUUAUGGGCUGAGGAAACACUAAUAGAGGACAACAUAAUCCUUGACAUUCUUUUUCUCAUUUAUUAUGAGUCAUUUUGUACUUGUGAUGCCAAAUGCUGGAAAAGAUUGUGUGGACUAUAUGAGGGCAUUGUCACUGGAUCUUACAACCUCCAGAAACUGGCAAUAACACCUGAUGCUAUUCGUUCUAUAUAUCAUGCCAAAGUGCAGCUGUUGCUUAUUCUCAUAGAGGGUCUAAAUCUAGAAAAUCUCCUUCAAAUGAUCCACGACAACAUUCCAUUAAGGCAGGGUUCUAUUGGCUUUUCCGAGAUGGAUGUUCAACAACUGGAUUCAGUGAUUUCUGGUUUUAAUGCUUUCGAGGCCAAAGAAGAAGGCCCUUUGAUCCUCUCUUGGGCUGUGUUUCUAUGUCUCAUUUCUGCUCUUCCAGAGAAAGAGAGAAAUGUUUUGCUGAUGGAUCUAGAUCAUGUUGGUUAUGUUCGUCAAGCUUUUGAAGCUUCAUCAUUGGAAUAUUUUCUUGAGAUUCUACAAAGUGACACAUUAAAGUAUUCAGAUGGUCCUGUGGCAGGCUAUCGUAGUGUUUUGAGAACAUUCAUAUCGGCCUUUAUUGCAUCUUACGAGAUCAGUCUCCAGUUCGAGGAUGAUAAUUUGAAAUUAAUACUGGAAAUACUGUGCAAGAUCUAUCGAGGCGAGGAGUCUCUUUGUAUUCAGUUUUGGGACAAGGACAGUUUCAUUGAUGGUCCUAUCAGGUGUCUUCUCUGCAACCUAGAAGGUGAAUUCCCUUUCAGGAAUGUUGAGCUUGUAAGAUUGUUGUCAGCCCUUUGCGAAGGCGCGUGGCCAUCAGAAUGCGUAUUUAAUUUUCUUGAUAAGUCUGUUGGGCUAUCAACACCUGUUGGGCUUAGAGGAGACGCUGUUCUAGAUGCUAGUUCAAAGAUUGUCGAAAUUCAUUCACCAUUGCAUGUGGCUGAUGCUGAAGGCUUGGUCAUACCUAGCAAAUCUAAGGGUCAGGUUUUGAGAAUGAUUGAUGAAAACUGUGCCCUGGUACGGUGGAAGUACACAGAGUCUGGGGUGCUUGUGCUGCUUAUGCGUUUGGCUCAAGAGCUACGUAUGCAAAAUUCUCAGGAUCUCAUUGUUAUUCUUGAUUUACUGAGUCGAUUGGUGACCUUUAAUAUGGCUGUUUGUUAUUCUCUUAUGAAUCCCUGGAAUUCCCUUCACAAAGAACUUACUUUUGGGAGCCAGGAGACAUAUGCCAGCAUUGAUGUGGUUGAGAUUGUUUGUGCUCUGGUGAAAAGCCUUUCCCCUAGCGUGGAUGGUGCAGUAAUGAUGUCCAUGGGGGUUAAUAUAUUAACGAAAAUGUUGCAAUGCAUGCCAUCUCGGGUCGCUACAAUGGCCAUGAAGGGAAACAUAUUUGAUGUUGCCUUUAGGACGAACCCUUUUGAUGUGGGCUCCAACAGUUUAUCAAGUGGAUCCUGGUUGCUUUCUGGAAGACUUGCCAAAAUGCUUUUGAUUGAUUUUCUGGACUUAACUACGAAUCUUCUGGAUACCGAAUCAGAAACUGAUAGUGUCCUUGCACUCGUUGUUUUCUCCCUUCAAUAUGUCCUUGUUAAUCAUGAAUUCUGGAAAUAUAAUGUGAAGCAUGCUCGGUGGAAGGUGACCCAUAAGGUGCUUGAAGUCAUGAAGAAAUGUAUUUCACUGGCCAGUUGUCAAAAACUGGGAGAAGUUGUUACUGAUAUUAUGCUUUGUGAUUCUUCCGUCCACUCUUCACUUCUUCGAAUUGUUUGUACAACUAAAAGAAACUUAGAGAAGCUCUAUGUUUCCCGUCUUUUAGACAUAGUGGAUAUUGAAGGUCUGCAACUAGCUAUAUCCUGUGGCUUGGAUGUCUUAGCUCGUAUGAUGUCUGCUUUCUCGAAGGAUUCACCAAGUCUUUCAGUUUUUCAUCAAGCGAUUCUAUCACCAAUGAUAAAGCCAAUGCCAUUGAUCUCUGCUGCCACGUCUUUAAUAUCAUAUUCUCGAGACACUAAUAUACAAGUAGGUGCUGCAAGGUUGCUAUCACUGUUAUUUAUUGCAGAUUUAUCGCAAUCUAAUGCGAGUCUCAGUUUGGAUGACAAGGAGAUUGCCAAUUUUAGAAAUGCUGUUUGUACCAUUCUAUCGAAGCAGACUCCUGGGGCCGAGGAUCUUAUUGUUUCUACUUUCAACCUCCUAACUUCUGCUGCACAGAAUCAGCCUGCUUUUCUCACUGUUCUCUUCUCGUCUGAAGAGAGUUUGAAAGCUCAAGUGCAUGAUGCUGACUCUGAGCAUCGGCCAAAACAAAUUGAGGAUGGAUCGGUAGAGUCUAAGGAAGAAAGCUGUUUGUCUGCAAUUAUUCAGUAUCUAAAAAGGACCGACAAUUUAUUUGAAAGGAAACCCAAUAUAUUGUUAUGCUUAUUGAACUUGCUGAGUGCCUUGUGGCAAGGUGCACCUCAGUUCACAAAAAUUCUGGAGCAGUUAAAAUCCUCAGACCAGUUCUGGAAACAACUGACCAACCCCGUUGUGAUGUUUUCUAACAAUCAAGACAAUUUAUCUGAUAAGACAACCGAAAAGAACAUUCAAAACGGAGCAUAUAGAUAUCAAAUCCUGUCAGCUGUAUUGGAUAUACUUAAUUAUGAAAUUUUCCUGCAAAAGAAAUUGAUGCACGCUGAGAUAGUUGUCAACAGAAUCUCCAAGUCUCCAAUUAAUGGGACAGAGAAUAAGGUUGUUUCAGACCUGAAGGAGAUAAUAUCGAGUUGGUGUAAGAAUUCAUUGUUGAGCGACCUUAUCAAGGCAUUUGUUUCUUGGGAACGUGAUAACAACGGUCAUGACCGUGCAAAGAUUGCUGCUAGUUUAUUUGCUGUUCAUGCAAUGGUGAAAUUAAGAAAUGGUGACAAGGGUAGCUUUUCUGUUUCACUAAUCAAAAGGCUUGAUACUUUGUCCCAAGAGUUGUGCAAGUUACCUGCCUUUUCAGAAUUAUUAAGUCAGUAUGGAGAGCGUGGUUACAGUGUUAGUCAAGAGUUGGAGAAUUUAAUACUUAGCGAUUUGUUCUACCACAUACAAGGAGAGCUUGAAGGCCGCCAAAUUGACUACAGACCAUUUAAAGAGCUGCUGCAGUAUUUGUUAGAUUCCAAGUUUUUGAAUGCUUAUAAAUAUAAACAAGAUAGUGAUCUUUCACCGAAUAUCAAGAGCAUCUACCUGUAUGACACUGUUCGUCUCAGAGCCGACCUGGGAUUAGAGAUGUGGGAUCUGUUAGCGUGGAAAGAAUCUAAAGAAAUAGCUCAAUCUAUGCUUCAUUGCUUGCAAGAUUGGAACUCUAGAAGGAUGCACUCAAAUUCCAAGCUAUCAGCUUUAAGAGGGCUAAUUACUCUUUUCAAUAUGCAUGGAGACAACUUAUCAGAAAAUGAAGCUUCAGCUGGUAUGAAGAUGACAGAGCCAAUAGUUGUAUCAUGCAUUGGCCACAUAUGUUCUUCUCUUGGUCCCACACUAGAACUACUGACCCCUAUUUCUGAUGCUAGUGAAGAUGUUCUUCAUAUACUUACAGCCCAAGCAGAAUUAUUACUGCUUCUCACAAAAUCUCUGAGUGAUAAAAUUCCCCAUUCCACUCUCAUUCUCAUCUUCAAUACAUCAGGCCAUGCUCUCAAAGUGCUUUGCAGUUAUCACACACACUCACUCACUGUUGGAACAGCCACGAAAUUUUUCCUCAUGUUAAUUCUCAUUUCCAUCGAGUUGACAUUCAAGGAUUUCUGUUCGGGCAACGUAACAUGGAUCGAAACCCUCGAGAAUUCUAGUGAGGUUUCUAAUUCAUGUCUGGGGAUAUUAUUACCUGUCCUAUGUAAAUGCAUUGAGCAUCCUAACAGCCAUUGCGCACUGUCCUUAACCGCGGUCGAUUUAAUUCUGAAAGGCUUCUCAUCAUCUUCCACCUGGGCCCCAGUCAUGCAGAAACACCUACCUUUGCAGUAUAUUGUCCGGAAGCUUCACGAGAGAAAUUCGUCCGAAACAGUCUCGAUUAUUUUGAAAUUUCUCUUGAACCUCGCCCGCGUUCGACACUUUGCCGAGAUGCUUUUAAAUGCUGGGAUCCUUUUGUCGAUAAGAACGCUGCUGUCCGAAGUUUCCGAAAGCGACGGGCCGCCUUUCUCUCUCAUCCGAGGUGAGAGAAUUUUUUUCCCAGGCAAAGAUGAAAAGUGUCGGCCCUUAUUAUGGGGACUGAGCCUUUCUCUAAUCACAGCAAUUAUUCAAUCUCUGGGGGAUAUAAAUUCCACUGGAAUUGUCGAUCAUGUGAUGACUUACAUAUUGGUCGAGAAUUCGUCCUUGGUUUCGUACUACCUUAGCGCGCCAGAUUUCCCGAGCGAGCGUCGUGAAAGUAAAAGGGCCCGAGCCUCGAAAUCGAAUAUCUCGUUGACCGAGCUCAAAGAGACACGACAAACUCUGGCUCUUAUUUGUGUCCUUGCCAGAUAUUCAAAUUCGUGGAGGAAACUCGUGCAGAAUAUGGAAUCUGGGCUAAGAGAAAAAGGGAUCCAUUUAUUGGCCUUCAUAAGCCGGGCGACUCAGCGCCCGGGUGACUCACCCGGGAGAGAUGCUCCUCUGCUGUGCCGCCCCACAGUAGGGGAAGAAUUCGAUUGGUACAAGGAGAAAUCUUUUGUUAACAGCAGAAAUGGUUGGUUUGCUCUGUCGGCUCUCGGGAGCAAGCUGGAUAAUAAAUGUGGGCCCACAUCGUCUAGACUGAGUUCUGCUCUCGUCUCGAGGGAUCAGUUGAGAAAUGGUGGGGAUUCAUGUGCUCAGACUUAUCUGUCGGACUUGAUUGCAAUCGAGAUGUACAGGAUUGCUUUUCUUCUUUUGAAGUUUUUGUGCGUGCAAGCUGAGAGUGCCGCCAGGAAGGCCGAGGAGGUGGGUUUUGUCGACCACACGCAUUUUCCUGAGCUGCCGAUGCCUGAUAUCUUACAUGGAUUGCAGACGAAACAGCUUGCACCUGAAGUACAAGAGGUCUGCCUCUUAUUGCUGCAAAUCACUGUCAUGGCCUUGUACUUGGAGUUCUGUGUUAUACAAGUUUGUGGCAUAAGGCCUGUAUUAGGCCAUGUGGAGACAUUCUCCAAGGAGAUUCGGCUGCUUAUCAGAGCAACUGAGGGCCAUGCCUUCCUAAAAGAGCCGUUGAAAGACUUGAAGCAGAUUGUUUAUUUUGUGUAUCCUGAGUUAGUACACCAACAAGAAGAUUUGUUUUGAAGAUAGGUGUAUAAAAUAUUCACCACAUUGUGUGGUAGGUGAAGAUUUUAAUUGUCUUUGUACCAUUGUGAAAAUAUCUUAUACUCAUUUUUCACGCGUGAUGUGAUGCUUGUUAUCCUAAUUGUGUUUUGUUUGUUUCCUCUGCGUAAUGAUUGCUUUGUUUGCGACUUUUUAAGCCCCAUUUUUACGAGUUUCGGGCUUUAUGUACUUGCUAUUGGGAUUUUAAAAAAUAAUUGAUGGUGC